AUGGCACUGGUUUCAAAAGAAGAGCUGAAUAAGCUCAUCAUGGAGUUCGUUCGUGAAAGCGACCCGGAUGGAAAGGAAGUGGAAAAGAUGAGCUUUUUUGCUGUAUAUGGCUGGGGCCCAUUGCUCGCUGCUACUGGGACUGUUGAGAUCGCCAUCUCCAGGAAGCAGCCAGAUGCCACCAAAGACUUCGAACCAUUGGACAUGGGCAACAUGCGCAAGGCCAUGCCAAAAGGCACAAUGCACCCCAAGCCUCCGUCCCAGGUUGAAGAGUGUUUCUGCGCACCAUUGGCCCUCAAAACCCAUGAACUGGAGAGCCCGACUCCAAGCACCAGCAAGAGAUCCAGAGGCGGCAGAGCUGAAGUGACGAGAUCCAUGGCCAGGCAGUUGCAGGAGAACAUGCCCACCCGCAAUGACCGCAUCCUCGAAAAUAUUGGCGGAAAGAGAGAGUUCACCUUGACUGAGCUUGCGAACAUGUCGCCUGCCGAAAAGGCAGUUGCAAAGUCGCUCAUGAGCCCCAACAAAAAGACAAAGAGGUAA